AUGCGGCACCACGCACGCUACUGGAGACGGUUUCAUGCGCCUGCAAAACAGGAUGCACAGCAGUAUGUGGAUGUAGCAAACAAGGACGUAACUGCCCCUCCACGUGCAAACGCUGUUGUGGCUUAUCUGGUAAUCAGAGCGCUGAUCGCCGCUGGCCACAAGGUGUCGAUCAAAGACAAACAGGGCUCGACAGCUCUGCACCUCGCAGCAGAAGAAUUCUAUGUAGAGGGUGCGCGUAUCUUGCUGGAAGCUGGAGCCAAAAUCGAAAAAAAGGACAAAUCGGAUCACACGGCGCUCGUACUUGCUGCGCAGAGAGGGCAGGGAGAGAUGAUGCUGUUUCUUCUGGAUGCAGGUGCUGAUCCGUGUGCGGUAUCAGUGCUUGGCUAUAAGCCACUUCACACGGCAGUACUGACUGGAGACGUGAAACAAGUGAAAUCUCUUUUGAAGAAGGGCGUAGAUAUCAAUGAUACGACCGAACAGGGCUUUACGCCAAUGAUGAUAGCGGCAUGUAUUCGAAAUCUCAAGAUGGUAAAGUGCCUAAUGGGUCAUAAACCAGAUCUUAAGAAAACUAAUUUCAUUAGUUGGACGGCAUUACACUAUGCAGCCCGUAAUGGACCACCAGAGGUGGUGAAGUACCUUAUAGACCAAGGAGCAGACGUUAAUGUUCGUGACUUGAACGGCUGGAAACCAUUACACGUGGCAGCUCGUUAUUCUGAUGAUGAGGUGGUCGCUGCCCUUUUGAGUGGUGGGGCAGACCGCACGGAGACGCUGCCCCACGUAGCGUCGCCGCUGAGACUGGCGGUGGUGGCGGCGCAGCCGCGCUCCGUGAGGCGGCUGCUCGCCGCGGGCGCCGGGCCCGCCGACGACUGCCUGCUGGCGCUGGCCACCAGCGACGACUGCAACGACGUCGACGACGCGGCCAGGCCCGAGGUGGCGCGCAUCCUGCUGGCUGCCGGCGCGCGCGCCGACCCUGCCACCGCGCAGGAGGCGCGCAAGCGCGGGUUCGCGCUCCUCGCCGCUACCAUAGAGGCGGCUGCCCGCUGA